UCAUCUACAUUACUUCUUUUACAAUUUCAUCUUCAACAAAAUCUUCCAAUUUCAUCUACACCAACUCCCCAACAAUAUGUCUUUACUCACAAUGGGCGCAGCACACAGAGGAACAGUUGCAAACAUCGCAACAUACGAUGUAUCAAGGUUUCGAACUCGAGUCCACGAAUUUGUCCCAAUGGACCCGAUGAUUCAACCUUAUGUUGAACUCGCCGGUUUUGGUCACAUUAGCAAGAUUAUGUCUUGGUCUAUAGAUAACAAGUUCAUUCUAGCCUUAUGCGAAAGAUGGAGGCCAGAGACACACACAUUUUGGUUUCCAACCGGUGAGUGUACUGUGACGUUAGAAGACGUCUACAUGCUUUUAGGACUACGAAUUGAAGGCAAAGCUGUUAAUGGUAAGACCAACUAUGCAAAUUCAAUUUGCAUGGAGCUUUUAGAUACUGAUUUGUUAGAUGAUAAUGCUAGAGGUCAAGGUAUACUACUCUCACGCCUAAAGUCAUAUUAUAAUAGUUUAUAUUUAGAUGAGCAUUCUACCGAAGAUGCUCGAAUAAUCAAAACUAGAUGUUACAUUAUGUUGUUACUAGGAUCCUUUUUAUUUCCCGAAGGUAGUGGUUCUAGCAUGCAUAUUAUGUACUUACCUUUACUUAGACAUAUAGAUAGAAUAGGUAGUUACAGUUGGGGAUCCGCAUGUCUAGCCUAUCUCUAUAGUUCGUUGUGCAAAAACUCCCACAAAGACACAUCUACAUUUUCUGGAUGUGCUGUUUUGCUACAAGCAUGGGGAUGGUCAAGACUACCGUCUCUAACACCGGUCAAUAACAACCCCUUCACUUUUCCAUAUGCAAAAAAGUAAGUUGUUUAAAUUGCUAUAUCUUUACUUACUUCCUUACAGUUUAGUACCCAUAACUAAUUUAUUUUAACUUUUUGGUGUAGAUGGUCGGCACGUGGUAUGAAUUACAGCAGAUGUCCGAGACACUGUAUUACUCAGUAUCGCAACCUGUUGGAUCACCUUCGACCGACAGACUUCAUUUGGCGUCCAUACCUUAAUAUGGAUCAUGAGCAUCAGGUCAACCCUGAAGACGCAGCCGUAUGGACAGCAUGCACACCGAUAAUACGGUUCACAACAGUGGAGAUGUACAACACCGAUCGUGUGAAGCUGCAGUUCGGUAUGGUCCAGAAUAUCCCAGACCCCCCAGCUAGCCUAGGAGAAUGGCAUAUGCGUAAAGUGAACGACCAAUGGAACUACAACCAUUGGCAAACCUUCGCAAGAUCAGAGUGUCGCAAGUGGAAGCACCGUCAUGACCAUGUCUUAACUGACGCAGUCAUGCCAAAUGAGGUAAAACCAAGUCGUACUUAUAUGGCUUGGUACAGAUCGGUUGGAUUUCAAUUCAUCGCUGAUGAUAUGUACCUCUACGACCCACGCCAGACAAGUUACACACAAGAAGGAUCAACAUCUAACCCCCAACAACAUUCUCAGCCUGGUUACUCACAACCACCUAUCCGUCAAACUUUCCGUUCCACAAACACACAAACAUACAACCAAAACAUGCCAUUCACCCAACCCCAAUACCAAGAACAUCCCCCAUACCACCACCAACAAAUGGACCAUCAACCUCAGACCGAACAUCGCUUCGCACCCACACCAUCACCCUACCAAAGUCGCCUUAGCCAAAACACUAACCUCCCCUCCUCCUACCGUAGCCAAGAACCCCAAACAUCACAAUACCAAAACAUCCCACAACCAUAUCUCUUCCAAACACCCCAACAACCUUUCCAACCGUUCCUAGACCCAUCAUUCACACCCAUGUCUCCCUUCAAUCGUCCCGGUCGCCCAUCCAUGAGUCAACCACACCCCAAUUUCUCUGGCAUGGGUCAUGAGCUCAGCUACGCCGGUACACCAUCAUUGAAUACUGAAGACUAUGCUGAGUUGGCUGAAUACCUCAAUGGAUCUUCUCCUGUAGGAGGUAAUGACGCUCCUGGACCAUCAGAUGAACAAACACCGGUGCAGAAUCGUCAACGUGGGUUAGGGCCAAGGGUUAGGGUAA